CUCAGGAAAACCGAUCCUCUCUGUAACGGUUACUUUUGUGGCUGUCUGUGAGAAGAAAAAAAAGAAAAAGAAAAAAGAAAAGAGCAUUCUGAUCAGUGACUGUAGACUUGGUUGCUCCUUGCUGCUGAAAUGGAUUAUAACAACAACAAUGACAAGGAGCCUUGGGACUGGGAUGGGGUGGAUUUUUGUCUCCAAAAGACUUCCAAUAUUGAAAUUUCAGAAGAGCUGUGGAAUGAUGUGCCUCAAAAUAAAGAAGAUCUUUCCUUCAUGUUUGAUGAUUUAACAACCCCGGUUAAAGCUUGCGGUAAUUUGGAAUAUAAUGUCAAUAAUGAUUCAAAUGAUAUACUAAAGGAACUAGAGGACUGUAGGGAGACUUAUUCUCAAGUCAAGAGGCGGCGGAUGCUACAGUUCAACAGCCUAGAUAGGGAUCAUUCUCUAUCCAAUGAAGAGAUGUCUUCAGCAUAUUUGAAAAAUGGGAAGGAGGACAAAGCUAAGGAUAUUUUCCCAGAAGCGUCUGUGUCACAAUGGCUGUCUGGGGCAUCAGAAAAUGCAUCUGCCCCUGGUUACGAGGACCUUGAGUCAACUGAAGGGUGGCUUGCAGAAUGCUUUAAUGAUGUUGAGAUGCAAUUCAAUCCUGAUGAUUUUUCAGGGGCAGAUGAUGUUCAGAUUGAUGUUGCAGAGCUUAGUGACUUUGCACCAUCAUAUGAACAAAAUGUGGCUCAGCAGCAUGUCACUCAAACCCCCAGAAACAUUGUCUUCAAAGGUAGGAAAUCUUUGAUACGGACACCCACGAAGUUGGCUUGUUCUGUGGCCUAUCCAUUUGCUUUCAUUAAACCCAGUGGUGCGCAUGGAGAUGUAACUCUGAAUCAAAUAAAUCAGCGCAUUCAAACUCCGCCUCCUUCAAAAUCAAAUCAAAGCAAUGAAGAUCCAUCUACUUUACCCAAGUCAGCCUUCUCAGGGAAACCUGUGGUUGGCAAAACAAAAAUUCGAACUGAAGGGGGAAAAGGAAGCAUCACAAUUAUGAGAACUAAAGGCUAAGUAUUGUAGAAGUUGUUGAUACUGCAAUAUGUUUUGUUUUUAUUGACAUCCAUAUAUUACACCACCUUAGUGUUUGUUUCCUAGUGGGGGCUAGAUAAUCUUAUAGCUGUUCUUUUGGGGAACAUGAUUUUGUUUUGAGCUAAGUCUGUAAUGAGAAUCUUUAUUAGCUCCUUAGUCCCCAUAAGUUCACAAUCC